GGGUCUGACUGUAUCUACACAGAGAGCGGGCACAGAGCUCAGUAUGAGGAGAGUAGUCGGGCACAGGAUUAGGUCUGCGGUCAGAGUCCUGGAGGGGAGCUCAGGCUACUGUGCCCGUUCUCUGGGGACAUGUGGGUGUACAGCAGGAGAUGCGGGUACAGAGAUGGGUAUGUGGCACAGCGGUCACCUCUAGGACAGCACCUUCAUCCUGGAUCAGAGGCCGCGCUCCAGCUUCCAGAUGGAGAAGGAAAUGAAUACUAAGAGGAUAUUUAACCUCACUCUGGAGAUCAUCUACCUGUUGACAGGGGAGGAUUUUAUGGUUGUGAAGAAAUCUGGCGAGCUUGUUGCAUGCAGGAUUUCUGCUAGUGUAAUAGAUGCAUCGUGCAGGGACGAAGACCCCGUGAUAGAUUUUCCUUCUGACACCCAGUCUUGUGAAAAGAUUCUUCAUCUAAGCAAUAAAGUAAUUUACCUACUUACAGGAGAGAUAUGGAAAUUUAUAGAUCAUGAAGGUCUGCAAGCCAAGAGUGAGAGGCGCAUAGAAGAACCACAGGAUGAGUCUUGUGGCGUGAAUACCCCAGAGAGAUUUUCAAGCACAGAAGAUUGUAUAGAAGAUGAUGUGAGCAGUCCAGAGAAUAUUAGUCAGGCUUCUAACCAAACCCCCCAGUUGCCAUUGGUUGUCAAGAUGGAGGUUCGCGUAAAAUCUGAAGAUGAGUCCAGCAACCCGAAUACACAAGAGAGAUCUGACCCUUUAACCAUUAAAGAGGAGAACGAGGAUUCUUGGGAUGAGCAGGCAACAUUCCGAGGUGACGCAUGUACGCAGACAGAAGUAAUCUUACCGAAACUGGAAAUGAAAGUGGAGGAAAUUGAUGAAAUACCUAUUAAAAUACCUAUUGAUAGCAACUCUGGAAAUACUUGGCUGGGAUACCAAACUGGUAUCUUACCCGAUGACGAAGAGCUCCCCAAAAAAACUGUAAACCGUCGACCAACAAAGCCAAAGUCUGGUGAAACCGAUGAAUACGGACAAUCUGCAACCACACCCAAACAGUUUAUCUGUACUGAGUGUGGGAAAGGGUUCAGCAUCUUUUCCUAUCUUACAAAGCAUCAGAGGUCUCAUUCGAUGGAGAAACCUUUUUGCUGCACCCUGUGUGGUAAAUGUUUUGCCUAUAAACCAAGUCUUGUUACUCAUCAACGAGUUCACACUGGAGAAAAGCCUUUUUCUUGUACUCAAUGUGGAAAACUUUUUGUCAGCAAGUUUAACCUCAAAACCCAUGAGAAAGUUCACACAGGGGAGAAGCCUGUCCAAUGUCCAGCAUGUGGAAGAUGUUUUAGCAAUAAUCCAGCUCUUGUUAAACAUCUCCGAAUACACACAGGAGAGAAGCCGUUCACUUGCACUGAAUGUGGGAAAGGUUUUUCCAGUCGAUCAUGUCUAAAUGCUCACGUGGUCCUUCACACAGGAGAAAGGCCAUUCGUUUGUGUGGAAUGUGGGAAAGCCUUUGCCAACCAAUCCAACCUUAUUUCGCAUCGGAUAAUUCACACAGGACAAAAACCAUAUGUAUGCCCGGUAUGUGGGAAGGGUUUCGCCAACCAAUCUAAUCUUGCAAAACACAAGUUAAUGCAUACUAGUGAGAAGCCGUUUGAGUGUACAGAAUGUGACAAUGUUUUCGCUAGAAAAGAUGGCCUUUCUAAACAUUACGAAAGAAUACACAAAAAAAAAUUGGAAUUUUGAGAGAAAUACUUUUUGUUCUGUACCAUCAUUCGUGGUUAACUUCUUAACGACGCAGGAUGUAUAUUUACUUCCUGCGCCUGAUCCCACGAUAUGACGCGGGGUCACGCGGUGACCCCGUGUCAUGUUGGGUCGGUCCCGGCGGCCAUCAAUGGCCAGGACCCGUGGCUAAUACCGGACAUCACCGAUCGCGGUGAUGCCUGGUAUUAACCCUUCAGACGCGGCGGUCCACUUUAUUAAAACCACAAGCAUCCCAGCAGCUCAGUUGGGCUGUUCGGGACCGCCGCGGUGAAAUCGCGCCAUCCCGAACAGCUUGCAGGACACGAGGAGGAUCCCUACCUGCCUUCUGCGUGUCCGAUCGCCCAAUGACUGAGAUCCAGGCAGGAGCGGUCGAGCUGUGGGAACACUGAUCAAUUCCAUGUUAAUGCAUGGCAGUGAUGAGUGUAGGAAAUCAGUGUGUGCAAUGUUAUAGCCCCCCUAUGGGGGCUAUAUAACAUUGCAAAAAAAAAAGUGUUAAUAAAUGUGAUUUAACCCCUUCCCUAAUAAAAGUCAGAAUCACCCCCCUUUUCCAUAAAAAAUAAACAUGUGGUAUCGCCGCGUGCGUAAAUGUCAAACUAUAAAAAUUUUGUAUAUUCAACCGCACAGUCAAUGGCAUACACGUAAAAAAAAAAAAAUUCCGAAGCCCAAAAUAGCGUAUUUUUUGUCCCUUUUUUUUACCAUUAAAAAAAUUAAGAAAAGGCGAUCAAAAAAUUUUCCUGCAUGUAGUUAUGAUUUUUUUUCCAGCAGUCUGACAAAAUCAAACCUAGUAGGGUAUCAUUUUAACCUUAUGGACCUACAGAAUAAGGUAUCAUUUUUACCGAAAAAUGCACUGCAUAGAAACAGAAGCCCCCAAAAGUUACAAAAUGGCGUUUUUUUUCCUUAAAUUUUGUCGCACGACGUUUUUUUUUUUUUUUAGUUUUUCGGAUUUUUGGGAAAAAUGACUGUCACUUCAAAGUAGAAAUGUUGGCGCAAAAAAGUCAUAAUAUGGUUUUUAGGUGGAAAAUUGAAAGGGUUAUGAUUUUUUAAAAGGUGAUGAGGAAAGAACGAAAAUGCAAAUAACUGAAAAAUGCUGAGUCCUUAAGGGGUUAAAGGAUAUGCUGUUUGGGAAGUAUAUAUUUAAUCAGCAUUUAUGUAGGAGAAAACUAAAGCGUUAAAAACAUAUAUAUAUAUAUAUAUAAAUCUAGAGUUACGUAUGUAUAUAUAUUUGUACUGGAAUGGGACAUUUCUAUAUUUAUAUAUAUUAUUCAUCGAAGGUCAUCCAAAUUAAAGGUACAAAGGAAGAAUUGUAGCCAUUAAUAAGCCCUUAAAGGUAGUUAGGAAAAUGUAAGUGUCUGAUCGUGGGGUAUCUGACCACAGCUCUCCUUAGGCACAGAGCUGUGGUCGACACACCCCCUCCAUGCAUUUUGGGAGAACAGGAGAUACAUGAGCACAUCGGCCCAUAGAGAUGCAUGGAGGGGGUGUGUUGACCCCUGUUCCAUGUGAGGACGGCCAGGGCACUGCGCAGGAGGUCGCAGGGGUCCAGCAGACAAACACUUAUCCCCCUAUUUUCCUAAACCAGACUACCCUUUAAGGACCACUAAACAUAACGGGAAAAUGUAUCAUUCCAUGCGUAUAUUCUGUUGAUCUUUGCAACCGAUCGGGGCAGUUUAUGGCUGGCGUAUGUGCAACAAAAUGAUCAAAAUGGCCCAUGACGUAUAAUAGAUGUUAAUCUGAACAGAUUGUCUGUCUUCUGUGUACAGUGAUGCUUCAAAUUAUUUAGGAAUAUGUUAGUUUCUAAACAUGCUAAUGGCUGGAGUCACAAUAAUAUAUUUAAAAAAGAUCAUUUUAUGAAGCUUGCAUGAAUGCUAAGAUAUUCAUAAAAGCAGGGUGCUGUAAAAAGCAUAGAUGGGAAUUUAAUUGAUGACGAGAGUCGCAAACCUUUGAGCAACCAAGAGAGAUGCACAAAAAUGUAGUGUGUGAAUUUCAUGUUAUUGUACAGCGCAGAUAAAUUCUUCCCAAAAUGUGUUGUGUUUUAGGUUAGAUAAUGGCAACAUAUGUUGUUAAAUUCCCACCGACAAUACUAUUUCUAAUAGGCAGUUUUUAAAGUUUUGCAAUGUAUAUAGAAAACCUAUAUAAAAUAAAACAAUAUUCAAUAUUCUAUGGUGAUGGUAUAUUU